AAACUCAAGCCUAGGUCCAACCAUGCAGCACCUCAGCUUUGCAGUAGUUUAUAUUGUAAUUUUUGGACUUUCGUCGUCCAAUUUUUUGGACUGUCAUCUCCAAGAUACAGCUUACAGAGAGAUAAAACGUUUAUUCCCAUCAGAAUGGAAACGAGCAUCUAACCUUGGAGGCAGACUGAUGUGCCAAUUGGACAGUAGAAAUUGUGGAGGGUUUUUUGUUGGUAAGAAAUUUGUUGGAUACUCUAUAUUCGAUAACAAUUAUGGAAAAAUUAGAAAAAUGAGUAAAAGUGAACCGAAAAUAGACGACUAUGAAAGAGUACCAUAUGACUCAAGCAAUUAUGUAAAAUGGCAUCAUUGAAGUUAAACUUAUCAUCAAAAUGUUACUUAUUGAUAUUAUAGAUGAACAUUAUUGUUGAAUAAUAAUUAAUAAGUUAUAGUAAACUAGUUUAACCACAUUUAGUUACUGAUUUUCAUUGUUUAAAUACUUAUUAAUAAAUGAACCAUAGUGUUUACUGUUUAA